AUGGCUGAAAUUAAGGCAAUUAUUAAUCUUAGACUUCUUGCAGGCAUUGCUAAGCCUAAUCCUAAAAUGGGUUAGUCUUUAGGUCCCUUAGGUAUAAAUAUGAUGCACUUUUGUAAAGAUUUUAAUGCUGCUACUGCCCAUAUUAGAUCUGAUAUCCCUUUAAGAGUUUAAGUAGCUGCUAAAGUAGAUAGAAGUUACUCUUAUAUCAUAAAGCCUCCUGAGACUUCUUGGUUAAUUAAGAAAGUUAUAAUGAAAGAAAAAUUGACACAAUAUGCAGGUCACGUGAAUUUAGAUUAUAUUGAUGUUAGAUAUGUUUAUGAAAUAGCUAAAAUUAAGAAAGAAAUUGACAUCGAUUUUAAAAGAGCUACCUUAGAAAGUAUUUGCAAUUGUAUUAUUGGCUAAUGCAACAGUAUGGGAGUUAAUGUUAGUAUUAUUGAUGAAAAACCCAAGCCAUUCAAUCCUAAGGCCAAGGUUUGA